CCUCGAUUCUAGUACUGUGGUGUUCACAUUACAACCCGAAUCUACAGUACACACUACACACACACGUUUUAAUUGUUAUUUUAUAUUUUUGGAUUAGCUUUGUAAAAAUUGUAAAUGCCACUUCGCUACUAUUUCGAUCUUCUAUCGCAGCCGUCCAGAGCAGUUUAUAUGUUUUUGCGUAUGAACAAUGUCCCAUUUGAGAGUAAACCUGUUGCGCUCAGAAAAGGUGAACAUUACAGUGAUGAAUAUAAGAAGAUGAACCCAUUUUCUUUAGUGCCUGCUGUUGAUGAUGAUGGAUUUCGAUUAACAGAAAGUAUUGCUAUUUUGAAGUAUGUGAUUCGCAAAUAUGAUCUUGGUGAUCAUUGGUUCCCUCAGUAUAAUUUAAAAAAACAAGCAAGAGUUGAAGAGUACCUUCACUGGCAGCAUUUCAACACUAGAGGUCUAUGUGCACAACUCUUUCAACAAUUGCUUAUUAUACCUAAAGCCACUGGAAAACCAAUUAAUCAGCAGGAAGUUGAAAAAUACAGGGAUAAAAUAAAAGUUAUGGUUUCACAGUUGGAGUCUUAUUUUUUGAAAAAUCAAUCUUAUUUAGGUGGUGGAAGUGAUUUAUCUAUUGCUGAUCUUUUUGGUGUUUGCGAGUUAAUGCAAUUGUAUGCCUGUCAUGAGCACCAUUUGUAUGAAGAAUCCCCAAUUGUAAAAUCUUGGAUGGAAAAAGUAAAAAAAGAAACAAAUCCAUACUUUGAUGAAGCACAUAAAAUGGUUUAUAGGACUCAUGAUGUUUAUAAGCAAGUUACUUCAAAGCUCUAAUUUAUCGAAAGUUUUGUAAUAUAUUUUUUUUGCAAAUAAAGGCAGGGCGUUUGUUCUACAUUUGAGGAGAUUAUAGUGGGUGUAUAAACUACUUCUAUUUUCUAUUGGUUUAGUUUUUAUCAAUGCUAGUCAUUUGCAUUAACUGAUCUGGUGAAUAAAAUGUUUGUUUCACACCACAACUAUUUUUCAUUGUAAUUACACUACAUAUACUAAAUUUUUGUUAUAAAAUUCCUAUAAAAAUAUUUAUUUAAGAAUAAUUACCUCAAGUAGUGCUAGUUAUUUUUUUAAAAUUUAAACAUUUAUUAAUUUUUUUUGUUGGAUCAAUCUCAUUUUCUUGCUCUGCUAGCUUGAACUGAUUCAGCCACUGAUGAGGGUUAGGGUUCAAAACCUUUUCCGUUGUUACGAUUUGUGAUUUUAUAAUGUUAAUUUAUAUAAAUGUUUUUACAUUGUUCUUAAAGUUGUAGUUUGUUAGUGUUGCCAAUGACUAUUUUACUCAGAUUUGCUUGUGUUUUUAUGAUCUUACAUUUUAAUCUUCAAUUUUGUAUCACACUACUAUACAGAAAAAGAAUUGUAUAUUCCUAUUACUGAAUAAUAAAUCAUGAUGUUUUGU